AUGUAUGUUGCUAGUGAUUGGGUAUAUUUGACAUUUUUAUCUGAAGAGGUUUGCGCCAGGUUCAAGAAAUGUAAUGGUAUUAAGGCCUACUUCUCUUUGUUUAGGCCGGUUGUAAAUGGGUUUUUUGUUAAGGAAAGAGUUGUGUGGAUUGAGAUGAUUGGGUUGCCUUGUUGUGCAUGGAAUGAAAAUGUUGUUUCUAAAGUGGCUAGCAUGUGGGGUGAUGUAUGUUUUCUAGAUGAUGAUGGGGAUGCUCUAUUGGCAAUCAAGAGGGUGUGUAUUAGGACUUCUAAGUCGGAUUUGAUCCAUGAGACAGUUAAAUUGGUUGCCCAAGGAUUGUUAGGGGGUAAGGGUGAUGAGGAGGUGGCAGAUUCUUUUAAUGUAGACAACACUCCAAAUUUAGUUGAUCGAGGAGCCGGUUUUGUAGAUAAAAAAGGUCAUUUUUUUCAAACUAGUGGAAGGAAGAAGAAGGUGGAUACAUGCUUUGAAGAUGAUGAGUGGGUCAAAUCGAUCCCGGUUGAUGCAUCGGUGAAGUCGCCGACUAGGCCCGAGAGGGUUUCUUCGCCGGCUGAGGAGGAAGUUCGACAUGGUGGAGUAGUGGGGGUGAGGCUUCAGAAUCUUUAUCUCAACCUCCAGGGUUCCAGCGUGAGAAGCUACAUGAGAAUUUUAAUCUUAACGCCUCGGCAUCGAGAUCCUCUGGUUCACAUGUUUCUUCUAUGUUGUUAA